AAGCCAUUUAUUUUCUUUCAUCCGUAGUGUAAGCGGUGAAGAUAUGGUAAUUGCUCAUUCUCGUGUCAUUUCCCUUGCCCUUUGUGAAAAGGAAAAAGGAAAAAGGAAAAAGGAAAAAAAACCUAGCCGACUUGCUCAAUUCUUUUACACUUGUCAUUAGUAUUUAAACCUUUGGAUUAUAGAUUAAGGGGGAGUUGUUCCCGAAGCUAAAACACAGAAGAACAAAUAUUGAGUGGGCGAUAGAAAACAAAUUGAAUUUUGGGGAAAAAUGUCGGUUCGUUUGAUGAAGAAAAUCUUGGAAGAACAACAACCAGCUGAGCCUAAACAACUCAUCGACAGCGAAGAUGAAUCUGAAUCUGAAUCUCCUCCUCCUUCUUCCGCUACCUUUCGUAAUCCCUUCGAUCUCCUUGACGACGAAGACUAUACUGUUGACCAGGAAAACAAGGCAGAUAUCAAUGAUGGAUCGUCAAUCGAGAACAGCGAUGAGAAGCAGGCAUCCACCACAAAAACCACUGCUGAAGCAUUUCUGCUGUCAGAUAGCAAAUUUAAGAAAAAGAAAAAGAAGAAAAACAAGGAGAAGCCACAACCGGGAUCCAAGGAUAAGGAGGACUCUUGGAAUGAGUCAUUAGAACAGUUAUCAAUUAAAGAUGACUCUUCUCAUCUUGAUUAUGUUGCUCCUGAUCAUGGAAAAUAUAAUCCAACAAAUUUAAAUGGCAGAGGAAAAGUGGUUAAGCAGUGUACAUCUUUUGUCUUACAAGUAGACCCAAAAUAUCUUAAUGCAGAAAAUGAACUUCGAAGGAUAUUUGGUUCUAGAGUGGUGAAUUCAUUCGAGAAAGGUCAUCAAGCUGGAAGUUCUAGGCAGCCAAGAGGUGGAAGACGCGGGAACCAGAGCCACCGAAAGACUAUUCUUGUUUGUCCUUUAGAACAUUGGCCAAGGUGGGAUGGAUCACUGUCAAUGGAACUUGUGGAAACCAGAGAUGGGAUAUCUUAUUUUAGGUAUGUACACAUAUCAUCCUAUAGCCAAGCUCAGAGAGCAUUUGAAAGUGCUAAGGCGGUUCAUGAUUUUAAUGGUAUCGUGAAUAUUCUAAUGCAUCAUCCAUAUCAUGUUGAUUCACUCAUCACGUUAGCUGAUUAUUACAAAUUCAGUGGUGAACUUCAAAUGUCGGCUGAUUGUACUUCAAGAUGUCUCUAUGCAUUGGAAUGUGCUUGGCAUCCAAUGUUCACUCCUUUGAUGGGCAACUGUCAACUUAAGUUUAGUUGUGAAAUCAACAAAUUGUUGUUUUCUGUGCUUUUCUCCCACAUGAAAAACAUGGAUAGACGUGGCUGCCAUCGGUCUGCCCUUGAGCUCUGCAAAUUAUUGCUUCUACUAGAUUCAGAUGAUCCAAUGGGUGUGUUGUUCUGCAUCGACUACUAUUCUUUAAGAGCUGAGGAGUGUACAUGGCUUGAACAGUUCUCUGAACAAUAUAAGAGUGAUAAUUCGUUGUGGUUAUUUCCAAAUUUCUCCUACUCUCUUGGUGUGUGCCGAUACUAUCUUGAAAAAGAGGAACAUGCCAAAGAUAUAAAAGUAGAAGAUUUAAAAGCUUCUUCAACAGAUCUUAUGAAGCAGGCAUUGAUGCUACAUCCUUCAGUCUUAAAAAAAUUGGUGUCGAAGGUACCGUUGAAGGAUAAAGCCUGGACUAGCAUAAUCAAGCACAAUUUCUUUAGCUCUGACCAAACGGGGACAUCUUCCUUAGAUCACUUGAUCAAUAUAUAUGUCGAAAGGAGCUAUAUUAUAUGGAGGCUUCCUGAUCUCCAGAAGUUUCUUAGGGAUGCUGCUCUUUCGGUGAUUGAGACACUGCAGAAUGAUGGGAGUGAUGCUAGAGACUGGAUGUGUGUGAGAAAAGAAGCGUUUUCAUCCGAGAAAAAUGAGUACUCUCACUUGCUGGUAUCGGAUUUCUCUGAUUCAGUUCCGACUUUGCCUCCUGAUAACUUACAAAAUUUCAUGGUUGACCCAAGGGGAGAGGUGCCAAAUAAUGCACAGCCUGGAAACCACCGUGUCCAAGAUCUGACAGAUCGAAAUGCAAUUGCUGUCUUGCUGGAGUCUAUGUUACCAUGGAUUAACUAUGGUUCAGGACAUGACCAGCCUGAUCACGAUGAGCAGGCCAAUGAAGGAUAGUUUUCUUUUAGUGAGGUACUAAUUUGAUCCAAAUUGGUAUCCUGCAUUACUUCGUAAUUAUAGGUAUCUUCUCCAACUAAUGUAAUGAUAUAAGUUACUUUUUCAUUGUUACCAAGUCCAAAGAGCAGAUAAAAGCUUCCUGGUCU